CGACGACCGAAUCUAGAGCCUCUGGCCUGAGAUGGUGCACGUCUCUUACUAUCGGAAUUAUGGAAAGACAUUCAAAAAGCCACGUCGCCCAUACGAGAAGGAGCGUUUGGAUUCUGAGUUGAAGCUUGUGGGUGAGUAUGGUCUCAGGUGCAAGCGGGAGCUGUGGAGAGUCCAGUAUGCUUUGAGCCGUAUCAGGAAUAAUGCACGGAAGCUUCUUACCCUUGAUGAGAAGGACCCAAAGCGUAUUUUUCAGGGUGAUGCUCUUCUGAAGAGGAUGAAUCAGUAUGGGUUGCUGGAUGAGAGCCAAAACAAGCUUGAUUAUGUGCUUGCCCUCACAGUUGAGAAUUUCCUUGAGCGCCGUCUACAGACUUUAGUUUUCAAGGCUGGCAUGGCCAAGUCAAUCCAUCAUGCUAGAGUUCUCAUUAGGCAGAAGCACAUCCGAGUUGGAAGGCAGGUUGUCAAUGUUCCAUCCUUUAUGGUCAGGGUGGACUCACAGAAACACAUUGAUUUCUCACUGUCUAGUCCCUUCGGUGGUGGUCGUCCAGGAAGAGUGAAGAGAAAGAACCAGAAGGCAGCUGCAAAGAAGGCUGCUGGUGGUGAUGGAGAUGAAGAAGAUGAGGAAUGAGCAUUUCUUAAAUGAAUCUAGAAGCAUGAGGUUUAUGUGCUUGGUUUUUCUUUUCUGUUGUUUACCUCAUUUUGGAUGUUACCUGCCUGCCACCUAUGAUAUCAUUUUCUGAAAAUGAUUUUUGAUACUAUGUGUUUUGCUUGUAGUAUUUAUAUUUAAUUUUCUUAUUGAAUACUUGAGCAUUUUCUUAAUGUUAGCCUUUUCUAUAUCAUGCUACUUACGUAAUACUAUUACAGCCACAUCUCUCUCUUUCCAUCGCAACAAGUACAAAAAGUGACAAGUCUAGACUUAUUCAUUGACCCCAAAACUAACCAGAAUGCACUUGUCCAGUAGCACCUGGGUUUUGAUGCCUUGUCCAGUUGUCCGCGCAUGCUCUGGAUUUUAAGAAUAAAGACUUGUCUGACUUGCAAGCUGCUGCUAGUAGGCAUGGACUGGGACGGGUCUGAGCAUGCUUUGGGUCCGGGCAGGCUUCGGGCUGGGACUUGGCGGGCUCUGGGUCCCAAAUAAUCAAGCCCAGUACUGGACCGGGUAUGUACUGGUACUGGGUCAGGCUGACCUGUCCUAGCCCAAGGGUCCAAACCCAUUUUUUUUUGAAUAUUUGUCCAUUGUCCCCGGACCUGCCUCUUCCCAGUCGGCCUGGUCCAGUAAAUUCCAAUGCUGUAGCCUGCCUAUUUAUUCAAUUAUUCUUAUGGGUCCGGACCUGGUCCUGCUCAACCGAGCUGGGCCAGGACUACACAGUACUAGGCCGGGCUGAGUUCUGGGCCAGGUUUGCUUUAUUCCUAAACAUGUGUAGCGCACAUUACUUUAGCGUCGCCUAUGCCAGCAUUUGGAACGGCCUGGUGGUAGAUCUCAAAGAUGCAGAGCAAAAGAACACCACCACUCCAUGAAUCUAUUUAUCUAUGUGUUAUUUUAGCUAAACUAUGCAGUUAAAUAAUAUGCACAUGCACGAUACUAAGAAAAUUUCUAGGAACCCUCUUUUAUGUUGGCUUAAUUGUCUAAUAACAUGGGUUGCU